GUUUAUAUAAAGCCCGCAAAAUGUUAAUUCCCUUUUAGUAUUUUACCGUAUUCCCACGCUGAUAAAACAAGAGCAAUUUCAAAAAAAAAAAUUUUUUUUGACAAAUUUUUAACAAUUUUCUCGGGGGUACUUUAAAAGAAAAAUACAAAAUAUGGUUUAUAUUCGAUUUCAGGUUAUUUUCGUGAUGAUUUUUGCUUUGGGAUUAAUAUCAGCCAUGCCUCAUCCGUCAGAUCACACUCACAUUAAAAUUCACGUACCAUCCUAUCAUCACACUCACAAGCAUACAAUUCUAAAGAAGAUCUACAUUCCUGUGAAAGUAAAGAGUGAUCAUCAUCAUCAUCAUAAACAUUGGUGAAGAGUAGAUUAAAAAAAAAAAAGAAAAAGAAAAAAAUUGUCAAGUCGGAAAAAUUUAUAAUCAUCCAUGUAAAUAUUUAUUGUAGUAGCACUUGUAAUUAGGAAUUUCCAUAAUAUAUAAUAAUAUAGGUAUAUAAAUAAUUUUUUUUUUUUAUCACCGUUGACUUUCACUAGAUAUUUAAUUAUUAUUAUUAUAAACACAAAGUUCUUUAUCUUAUUUAAAGAAUUUCAAAUCUACAUUUUAU